UUAGUCAGAACCAGGGAAGGUGAUUGUCUGUUUAGUCAGAACCAGGGAAGGUGAUUGGCUGUUUAGUCAGAACCAGGGAAGGUGAUUGGCUGUUUAGUCAGAACCAGGGAAGGUGAUUGGCUGUUUGACUGUUUUCUUCCUGUUUCUCAGAAUUAGACCUGGAUGGCAUUCUGGAACACGAGGAUUUUCCUUUUGACUUCAAUGAUGCGCUGUUUGACCUGGACUUUAAUGUGGACAUACAAACUGGUGAGGUUGCCAUACCGACAGCUGUGGCCGAGCCAGGCGACCAGAAACAGAACUGCAAGACACAGAGAGAGCUUGGUGACGGACAGAGGAAGAGAGAGACAGAGCCUGGUGACAGACAGAGGAAGAUGGGAUCGACAGAGCCUGUGGACAGAAGGAGGAAGAGGAGAGCGACAGAGCCUGUGGACGGACAGAGGAAGAGGAGAGCGACAGAGCCUGUGGACGGAAGGAGGAAGAGGGGAUCGACAGAGCCUGUGGACGGAAGGAGGAAGAGGAGAGCGACAGAGCCUGUGGACAGAAGGAGGAAGAGGAGAGCGACAGAGCCUGUGGACGGACAGAGGAAGAGAGAGACUCAGACAGACUCUCCCAUCAGAGGUUGUGCUGGUUCUCCUCCCCUCUCGGCCGUGACUCUCUCUCCUCCUCCUCCCAGACUUGUCCAGAUCGCUCCUUCUCUCCUUUACAUUCCUGGGUUUGGGACUGCUACUUUCGUCUCUUCGUGUAGCAAUGGCUCAGAGCUGCAGCUCGUACAAGCCCCUGUUUUCGGCUUCUCAAGACCUCCCACCUACAUACUGAGUGAGUGUGUGUGUGUGUCCGUGAGUCAAAUCAAAGUUCAUCGGUAGUGUACAAAGUUUAGCAAAAUGCAUCUGUUUCUAGCUCC